AUGAAAAUUGAACCACCUGUUGUAUGUGCUACAGUGACACUUCGAGGCGAGAAAGUAUCUCUAGGAGUGACUGAUGCAGAAUUAGAUACAGUAACAGAAAAUGCAGCAGAAGUACCUAAAGAAGCAAUACUAACAGAAGUAGAAUCAACAGCAGCAUCAGAAGAACCACGUUCAGUAACAGCAGAAGUAACUCCUCCAGCAUUAGAACGAGCUCCUACAGCAGUAACACCAUCUCCCUCACCAGCAGUAACAGCACAAACUACUUCACCAGAAAUAGCAGAAGAAACACCUUCAGCAACAGCAGAAGCAACUCCUCCAGCAGUAGAACUAGUUCCUAUAGCAGCAGCACCAUCUCCCACACCAGCAGUAGUAGAACCAACUCCUUUACCAGUAAUAGCAGAAACAACUCCUCCACCAGCAGCAACUAAACCAACUUCACCAACAGCAGAAACAGUACAAGCUCCUCCUCCAUCACCUUCAAGAGUAGCAGAAAAGAAUAGACCAGUCACAGCUCAAUUGGUUUCAAUGGAUAUUUUCAAAACUAAAACCAAAGUGUGGAUGAAGAAAAAUACUUUCUACAGUGUAGAAGAAUUUCAGAAUAGUUGUAAAGAUGAUCUAAUUUAUUGA